AUGCGCGGAAUUAAAGGCCUGAUCUGGGAACCUUCCAUCCUCGACGCAGAUCUUGGAAUUAAGUACCGCGGCUUGUCCAUCCCCGACUGCCAGCGCCUCCUCCCCUCCGCGAUACCCGGCGGCGAGCCGCUUCCCGAGGCGCUCUUAUGGCUCCUCAUCACGGGGGAGGUUCCGACGCCUCUUCAGGCGGCGUCCAUCACGGAGGAGCUGAGGCUGCGCGCGGCGAAUGUGCCGGAUCACGUGUUCACGGUGCUUCGUUCCCUCCCGAAGCAUCUCCACCCCAUGUCGCAGCUCUCUAUUGGUGUAACAGCCCUUCAGUCCACCAGCGAGUUCGCCAAGGCUUAUUCUUCCGGCUCCGUGCACAAGACUCGUUACUGGGAGCCCGUGUACGAGGACGCGAUGAACCUCAUAGCGGGGAUACCGGUGAUCGCGGCGUUUAUCUACCGCCGGGUGUUCAAGGAUGGGCGUAUGAUACCGGCUGACCCUACCCUCGACUACGCCGCGAAUUUUGCGCACAUGCUUGGAUUCGACGACCCCAGCUUUUACGAGCUCAUGCGACUCUAUUUGACAAUUCACGCGGAUCAUGAGGGCGGGAAUGUCAGCGCGCACACCACCCAUCUCGUCGGGACGGCUCUUUCGGAUCCAUACUUGGCAUAUGCUGCGGGGCUGAAUGGCCUGGCGGGCCCCCUGCACGGGCUGGCCAAUCAGGAGGUGCUAAAUUGGCUUCACGAAGUUCGCGAAGAGCUCGGCGAAGCCCCGACGAAGGAGCAGCUGGAGGGGUUCGUUUGGAAGACGCUCAAGGCGGGGAAAGUGGUGCCAGACGCUAUGGACAUCGACGCGCCCGAUUCGACCCGCAAUGCUACGGCAACGUGUCCACCAGAUCCCGCGGUGCCAAACGCGGACGAUUUGCCGUCUCCGCAAACAGUGACGGCGCGCAAGCAACGAGAGCCACAGGAUGCGGACGACGCGCCAGAUAAAGGAUGUCCGGAGCGCGAGAGCUCGAGCCGUAGCGGCGAAGAAGACCCGGUCGUGUCGCUGACGCGGCGCGGGGAGGAAGGGACGCAGCGAUUGGUCGAAGCCGCGGAAGGCGUGCUGUCCACGCUGAACCUCGUCAUGUGCAACGGCGCCUUCUGGGAAGCUUCUUCCGAAACAGCAGGCACUGGCAGUGCAAGCUCUGAGCAACAACAGCAUCAGCAAGAGCAGCAGCGGCGGACCUCGGGAUUGCCGCCGGAUGCGGCAGCAGCCGCCAUAGAAUUGGCUCACCUUCGUUAUAAGAACAUAUCGUCAGAGCUCCGGUCCCUGCUUCUUCGGCUGCAGGACGAGAUGGAGAAAGAGACAAAAAAGGCCGGCCAGCCCGGGAGCGGCAGGGACGGAAUCCAAGGGGCAGAGUCCCAGAGGGUGGGCCUUGGGUUUGACCCAGAGUCUGCUGCACCUGAUAGUGCACCACCUGUCCACGCAUCAUCUGAACGCGCGGCACCUGAAGCGACACCUGAAACGGCACCUGAUGCAUCUGCUUCAGUGUCUGCAGCUGAGUCGCUGUCAGUAGAGAAGUUGACCGCACGAGCAGCGACCCUGAGAAAGCAAGUUCGGAGGUGCAACGUGCGGCUGAGAGCAGCCAUGGAGGCCCUGAGGGGGAUUUUGGAUGACGUCACUCUAUUUCAAGCGCCCCAGCUGCUGCUGCUCUCGCAAUCCUGA